GAAAGCUGCGGAUCCAGCGGCUCAGGCCGGGGAGAAGCCUGUUCUCCAGAGCCGAGGCAGAACAACGUGGCCCACGUUUAACAAAAGAACUUGUGGCCCGGGAGGCGGGAGCCCAGCUAAGAAUCCGAGGGUAGCGAACUUUCUAGAUCUGCGUGCAUACUGAGUAAGUUCAUUCAGCCUUGGCUUUGAUGCGCAGCAACUGAUCGGCGAUCAGAUUACAGGCACUCCAUCUCCCAGCCUGCCUGCCUUUGAUCUGCGCGGGUAAUCCAUUUUCCUGGAUUUGAAGUUUCGUCUGGGCUUGCGCCCACACACAUUUUUGGGAAGGUUAAAGCGUUUGGCGCGGAAGUGCUACCACGCUGCCGAAAGCGUGGGGCUGGAGCACAGGCGUGUAGCAGGGAUAAACACAUCUGAUGAAAGCCAUGGCUUCAAGGGUCCUCCUCGAGCAAGGGAGAGUGCUCCUCAUUACCAUGCUUGUCCUGGGCUGUUUGCUAUGUAAAGCGAUGUGUGAAACCGGAGACUGCAGGCAGCAAGAAUUCAAGGAUCGGUCUGGAAAUUGUGUCCUGUGCAAGCAGUGUGGGCCAGGCAUGGAGUUGUCCAAGGAAUGUGGCUUCGGCUAUGGAGAGGAUGCACAAUGUGUGCCCUGCAGGCCGCACAGGUUCAAGGAGGACUGGGGCUUCCAGAAGUGCAAGCCAUGUGUGGACUGUGCGCUAGUGAAUCGCUUUCAGAGGGCCAACUGCACACACACCAGCGACGCUGUCUGCGGGGACUGCUUGCCCGGAUUUUACCGGAAGACCAAACUAGUUGGGUUUCAAGACAUGGAGUGUGUGCCCUGCGGAGACCCGCCUCCUCCCUACGAACCGCACUGCACCAGCAAGGUGAACCUUGUGAAGAUCUCAUCCACAGCCUCCAGCCCUCGGGACACAGCCCUGGCUGCUGUCAUCUGCAGCGCCCUGGCCACGGUGCUGCUAGCCCUGCUGAUCCUGUGUGUCAUCUACUGCAAGAGGCAGUUCAUGGAGAAGAAGCCCAGCUGGUCUCUGCGGUCACAGGACAUUCAGUACAAUGGCUCUGAGCUGUCGUGUUUUGACCAGCCUCGGCUCCGCCACUGUGCCCACAGAGCAUGCUGUCAAUGUCACCGGGACUCAGCCCAGACAUAUGGGCCUGUUCACCUGAUUCCGUCCUUGUGCUGUGAGGAGGCCCGCAACUCUGCCCGUGCAGCCCUUGGCUGUGGGCUGCAUUCUACCGCCACCCUUCAGGAGAGAAACACAGCUUCAGUGGCAGACACAAUGCCAGCUUUCUUCGGGUCUGUCUCCCGUUCCAUGUGUGGCGAGUUUUCUGAUGGCUGGCCUCUGAUGCGGAAUCCUCUGGGCGGCGACAGCUCUCUUUGUGACUCUUACCCUGAACUCACUGGAGAAGAUAUUAACUCCCUCCAUCCAGAAAAUGAAAGCUCAACAUCUCUGGAUUCCAGUGGUGGACAGGAUCUGGCUGGGACAGCGACUGCAGAUUCCUCUGGAAACUUCACAGAAACUACUGACUCACCUAGAGUCCGGGAGCAGCCCCUAGCACGAGGUGUUCAAAGGACUCCAAGCCAAGGAAGUUGGGAAGGCAGCGGUAACCUGAACCUAGGCACGCCUACGCCCUUCCAGGAUGCCUGAAGGCCGUCAGCCUGAAGUGGAGGUGCGGGUCUGGACACGCCCGUGUUGAGGCUUACAGACUGAGCAGACUUGACCUCCUAUGGCUUCUGGAAGCAAUAAUAAAACUGAAUCAAACUGGCAGCAUUUCCAGCCUUUCAACCAGUUGUUUCUGAGCCAGCCCAGCUGUAAGCUGAAGCCCCAGCGAGAAGCAGAGGAGAGACUGCAGAUGGCCUCAGGACCCGCGCUUCCUCCCCAAACAAGAACCUCAGCUGAGGGCGAUUUGAAGAACUGAUGGGUGGAAUGUGCUGCCUGCGAAACUGUGGGCACGGCAGGACCCAGCCUGGCUCCGACUUACGUUAUGGUGACUGUGGUUUCACAAGACCCGGAGUAUAAACCUGCAUAGACAUUCUCUUACAGAAAUACCCCACUACCCUAUGAAGAAGCUAUGGCAGAUUCCCUUCUUAGAUUUUAGGUAGAGCUCUGGGGAUUUCUAUUGGAAAAACAUUACUUUCUCAUCAGCAGUAUGGUACACAGCAGUGGUUUGAAGGGGCUUUGUAGCCCUGCCUCAGUUGUGGUUUGGGGACGUUGACUGGCCUGUCCAUUAAGAGCCUCUUCCUCAUAAGUGUGUGAUGCAGCUGACAAGAAAGGAGGCCUGGCUUCUGGAUGUGUCUGUGAGUGUGAUUAGAAUGCGGCACAAGGGGAAGACGGGGAAAGGACAUUACCCUACUGCUCAGACCACCUACUAUGCACACCUGAAGCCUGGCUGUACAUGCUAGGACUGGUGACUGUGGAAACAAGUGUUAGUUCUGCACUGCACAGAGCUUACAAGGCGCAGAUUCUUAUAUAGAAAGGAGAUAUUUAUAAACAGCAAUCUGUGACCUGCACCUGAGCUCACACAAAAGGCUUUUGCACACCCAGUGUGCUACUGAAGGGUCCUUCAGUGAGAAUCCAGUGCAUAUUAGAACCAGGCGUGGAAAAGUGUGGUUGGCAGACAGUUUGGGGGAACAGGCUCCCUGGUGCCAUGAAUCUAACCAAGCCUUUGUAAUACUCAUGGUAUUCUUAUGUGGGGGUGUUCUGUAAGGUGUUCCAUCUUCUUCCAUGAUGGCAUUUGCCUCCCAGAACGGUCUCUAAGGUUAAGAAAGAACUAGGGCGAGUUUUUCUCUUCAAAUCUUUUGCCCUAUGGCUUCCUUGAGCAGGAUUUACUUGGUUUCCAGUUUGAACUUACAUCAUCAGAUCUGACCUCUGCCUCUCACCCCUCUGCUGUUGCGCUCUCUGUUGCAUGAAUGCUGUUGCGCUCUCUGUUGUAUUCAUGCUUUAAACGGAGCCAGCUCUGUGAGCAUCGGUGUGAUAGAAUGCACUAGCAGAUCCGUUUUGAAGAUGCCCUGCUUAAAUCAGGCUCCUUUACCCGACACAAAAGCCAAACAUUGAGAUGCUGUCUUCCUAGAUUUUUUUUAUCUUCUGUCUCUCCCCAUGGUUUUCUCUCUUUGUGAGACAUGAGUAAAAUUUAACGAGCCCUCUUUCUCUGGCAUCUCUCUAUUCAUGAUUAUAGCCUUUGAUGUGUGUCUUCAGGCUUGUCCAUAUCUAUUGCUUCUCAUGGCAUCUGUUCUUUCACCAAAUGUAGGAAGAACAUAGAGUGUUUCAUGAUAGUCCACAUCUGCUUUCAUGUCCACGUGUUGCCCAGUCAUAACCGAUUGGCAUUUUGUUUGUGUGUCCCCAAUCAUCGUGAGAAGUCGGCUUUAGGGAAGUCAUAAAAUAUUUGGGAAUUAACCAGCAGACUUCCAUGAGGAUGCAAGCCGAGCUCCCCGGAGUGGCCUCCUCACAAUGCACAUGUGUGCGCCAUUGUUUGCAACCCAAUCAUCUGUGUUAUGACAGAGGGAUGAUCAAAGUCAGCGGGGUUAUGUUCCUUUGUGUAACCUGAAUAUAUUUUCCACAUGCUGAGCCCUGAUGGACUUCAAAGACGGAUACUGCCAAGGAAAGCCAGACUGACUGGAAGUGAGACAUUGGCCCUGAAUCCCGAAACAUCGCUCUCAAUCAAAAGAGAAAUGCUGAGAGUUAAAUAUUGAUUUUAUUUGAUAUUGCACUUGGAAGAUCCUGGAUUAUCAUCAAAAAGGAGACUCUUCCCGCUGGCCACUCUAGAAACAUGCAAUCGUUGUUUUUAUACUCUAUAAACAGGAGGGGAAAGCUGCAAUCUGCACUUCACGUUAUUGGAACACCUUACAAGGCUGUUUACGUAGGAGCUCGAGCACUAUGGUCAGAAACUGGUAUAGAGAGGCAUAGGGGGCACCGGCGCCACCUUUCAUGUGGCAGAAGCAAGGACAAGAUGGAGACAAGGAUUUCUGGAUAAGUCAGGGCAAGUCAUGUGUUUUCUAUUUUGAAUAUAUAGAAUAUAUUUUGAAUUGCCGGGUUUUUUACUUUAAGUUACUGCUGCUGUUACUUAGGAUAAGUACUGCUGUCUGUGUUGGAAGAAAAAGGACAGAAAAGGAAAAGAAACAAUCAUUGCUUUUAAGAUAGUUUGUAUCAGUUUAGAUAUCUUCACGACUAUUUUAUAUACUGGAAUUUAUAAAUUGUAAGUUAUCGCUUUCCGAUACAAGCCCUUUUUUAAUGCUUCUUAAAAUUUGAAUAAAAUUGA